UGCUGGGGUUUCUUCCCACUUUUGAGUGAGUGACGCAGAGAAGACGAGAGAGAGAGAGAGGGAGGAGUUCAAACUAGCAGUGCAAACACAUACAAAACUACUAAUCUUAAACUGACGCCUCUUAGGAAAAAAUAAUCAUAGAUAAAGCAAGCUGCUAACAAUGUCUUCCUCAAAGACUCUUUUAGUGCUGGAAAACUUUAUAGCUGGCAAAUUUGUUCCUUGUUCCUCCUACAUAGACUCCUAUAAUCCAUCAACAGGAGAUGUCUACUGCAGGGUGCCGGACAGUGGCAAAGAAGAAGUGAGUACUAUCCAAAUGUACAAAAAGGUGGAAGCUGCUGUCAGAGCUGCCAAAGAUGCGUUCCCAAUUUGGUCCUCAAAAAGUCCAUUGGAAAGAUCUCAGAUCCUCAACAAACUGGCAGACCUGAUAGAACAUGAUCUGGAAGUGUUUGCACAAGCAGAGUCAAAGGAUCAGGGCAAAACUAUUACUUUUGCUAGGACAGUGGACAUCCCUCGGGCAGUGUACAACUUCCGGUUUUUUGCCUCUUCCAUCCUUCAUCACACGACAGAGUGCACUGAGAUGGCAGCCAUGGGUUAUCUGCAUUACACUUCAAGAACACCUGUGGGAAUUGCUGGUUUAAUCAGUCCUUGGAAUUUGCCACUAUACUUGUUGACCUGGAAAAUAGCUCCUGCCAUUGCAUGUGGAAAUACUGUAGUUGCCAAGCCAAGUGAGAUGACAUCUGUCACAGCUUGGAUGCUGUGUAAGCUCUUUGAAAAAGCAGGAAUAUCCCAUGGGGUGGUGAACAUGGUGUUUGGUACGGGCUCCAAGGCGGGAGAAGCUAUUGUCUGCCAUCCCGAUGUGCCGCUGAUCUCCUUCACGGGAAGCACACUCACAGCCCAGCGUAUCACAGAGAAAAGUGCUCCUCACUGCAAAAAGCUUUCCCUGGAACUGGGAGGCAAGAAUCCUGCCCUCGUCUUUGAUGAUGCUGACUUGAACCAAUGCAUCCCUGCCACCGUAAGGUCCAGCUUUGCCAACCAGGGUGAGAUCUGUCUCUGCACUUCCAGGAUCUUUGUUCAGAAGGGCAUAUAUAAUGAGUUUUUGAAGAGGUUUGUAGAAGAGACUAAGAAGUGGAAGGUUGGAAGCCCUUCAGAUCCUACUGUCGACAUGGGAGCACUAAUAAGUAAAGAGCAUCUAGAAAAGGUGACGUUACAUGGAGUUCAGCUGACCUCAUCAUUUAGAGGGCUACAAAAGGUAAGGAACUAUGUGAAGAAAGCCCAGGCCGAAGGAGCCAGGAUCCUCUGUGGAGAGGGAGUGGAUUCCUUGGCUCUCUCAGCUGGCAACCAGAAAGGAUAUUUCAUGCUGCCCACAGUUAUCACAGAAAUCAAGGAUGAAUCUUGCUGCAUGCAAGAAGAGAUCUUUGGUCCUGUAACAUGUGUGGUAGCAUUUGAUACAGAAGAGGAAGCGAUUGAAAGAGCCAACGGUGUCAAAUAUGGCUUGGCAGCCACUGUAUGGUCCAGCAAUGUGAGUCGCGUUCAUCGGGUGGCACAAAGACUACAGUCUGGAUUGGUGUGGACCAACUGCUGGCUUGUUAGAGACCUGAACUUGCCAUUUGGUGGGAUGAAAGCCUCAGGUGUGGGAAGGGAAGGAGCAAAGGAUUCCUAUGAGUUCUUCACUGAGAUCAAAACUAUCACAAUAAAGCACUGACACCUGUCAAUGGAACUGAUUUAGGGUGAAAUAAGUGACAGUUAUUUGUGUUACCAUGAAUGUCUUUCUGGAAUACAGACUACUAUUGUGGCCAGCUUUUUCUUAAACUCUGGUCAGGUGAUAUCAAUGAUAGCUGAAAACAGUCACCCCAGAUGAUAAUGUUGAAUGUAGCCUUUCGUGUGAGACAGGAAGUUCAGUGUGGACUCCACAGCCAACCCAUCCCAAACCAGAUGAGUUGGUUAUCUCACAGAUCCUAAUGUUUUUUCAAUAAUCCUAUCUCAAGAAUCUUUCCCUCGAAGGCAGGCUGGAGACAGGAUGAUAUACAACUGUAUAUGUGGUUGGUGAAUUAUGAGGGACAAAGAGGCAAGUACAUUGUGAGGUAGAUAUUGUAAUGGGAAUCAGCCCAUUUCCACUUUAAAUAGUAUGUUCCAUGUACUAAUCCAUUUUACACUUCACUGAUGUCAGACAAGGACUAAUGCUAUAGCCUCCUAAAUGCCUGAAGCAGUAUCUUUAAUCUAUCAUGUUGUAUAAAGCUAUAGGGUCAUGAAAUUCUCAUGACGUACAGAGACAAUAAAUAUUUUAAUUAUAACCUGCUUUAUGGUAUAUAGCUGAAUCAUCACGAGACUUGUUCUUUAAUUAUUUUGAAAUUACAACCUUUUGUCACUUCUAUGCCUCAAUGAUGGUGUUUUUCACUUCCCUGAACAAUGAUUUGGCUAGAACAUAGACAAUGUCAUUCUUUAUUAAUAAAGGCUGGAAGUGACUCCUAAGAGAACUAACUGUUGGAAAUAUUUGUCACAAAAAAGUAAAAAUACUGGAAAUUUUCCCUGAUUCAUUUACAGAUUUUUUGUUAAAUCAAAUAUCUCACAAAGUUGUUCACAUUCCACAAAAAGAGAAAUAAAUCUGGAUAGACAACCCCCUCACCCAAGAUGACUGUGUUCCUGCUGAGUUUUUAGAGCAGCCAUCUGUGAUUUGUUUUUCAGAUUUUGAGCUGAACUUCACAGUAGAAAGAGCUGUAUGGGGUUUUACAAAAGCCUGCAUUCUGAGAAGGGCUAACUAGUCAUUUGGGUAUUUUUAAGAGCUGUUGAGAAAGAAACUGCUCCUCUAAAAUACACAAAGACUGACAAAAAUUAUUACUGAUUAGACACGUGAAAGAAUAGAGUAGCAAAUUGUUCUGCUGCUCCUCUGCACCCCAAGAAAGAAAAAACAUUUCCAGUUCUAAUUCCACCCGUGACGGGCAAGAAGCUCCAUGAGAUGGAGCCAGAAGCCAAAUCCACAUUUCCUGUGUCUUUGACAGCAGGGAGCUGAGCAGUUCUGGCAUUGCUGGCUGCCUGGUGAAUGUACCCCAUAAAAGAUCUGAGAGCAUGAAGAACCUUGAAAUUUUUUUCUCCAAUUUGGUUGCAGGGGAGACUUGCCAGAUGGGCUGGGAACUAGUUAUCUGAUAGAUUUGGUAUGAAUACCCACAACUGGAAAUGAGUUAAGAAAAUAGAUAAAAAUGAUAGGCUCAAUGAAUUGUUGUCUUGUGAAGAAGCACAAAUGUUUUAUUUUAUCUUAAAACUCUGUCCAGCUCUGUUUAUAACCAUGUGGUGGCAGCAGAACCCUUGCUUUGAUUUUUAGUCCUCAGUCAUUCAUUCUACUAGGAGGGAAAUGAAGAGCUAUAUUAGUGUAGGCUCCACUCUGCAUUUUUUUUUUCCUACAAACCCUAUUUGGAGGAGCAAAGAACCCAAAAGCUGUGAAGUGCUUCAUUAGUUUGAGAGCAGGAGUUUUCAGCAACAGCAGCAGAUGGGAUAUUACACAAGUAAUAGGUUUUGAAGGAUUCCUUCUCCUACCUGGACUGUUCUAAUGAGCUGACUGUUCUUUCAGGUGUUGAUUUUGGCUUGGCAUUAGAUGAGGUGUGAUAUAUCUGUACAUAUUCCAAAUUCAAGAGACAAGUAUGUGCAUGUGUCAUCUGCCUGUUUCUGGCCCAAGAUAGCCGAGGUAUUUUACAGAGAGGUGGAGUACUAGGUGGAGAGAGGAUGGGGUUUUUCUGAGCUCCUUGGGUGAGGGAUAUGGAGUUGGUGGCUCCAUAUCUAGCAUGGCUCUGUGGGUUUUUCUCAGAGAGGAUCUCCUGGAGCAACCUAUUUGGUCAUCUGUGAUGUCCAGUGCCUCAGACAGGUAAAGGAGGUCCUCUGGCAAUAAUGAUAAUGCUUAUAUUCGGGCGGAAGAAGAUCCCUGUGGGAAUACAAACGUCUCUAUCUGCAUUUUUCUAUCUAUAAUGGUUCCUUCCUUCUGAUCUGUGCUUAAGGUGCAGUUUAAGCGUCUUGUUUAUUCUCCUGUCUUGCCCUUUAGCUGAAUAGUUACAUAUGUCUGUAUACACGUAUGUGUGUGUAUGUAUGUGUUUGUGUGUGUUAACUAGCAGGGAGAAUUCUUUUUGUGCCUGUAGAAAAGGGGAAUUCAAUUAUUUCACAUGUUCACAUCCAGCCUCAGGUCCCUGCCCUCGAGAGCAGCUGCUGCUUGUGGCAGCAAAGUGACCUGUAAAGCAGCUCGUGUGAGAGAGGCCAGCUUCUUGUAACAGAGGCCUGUCUGCAGGUUUGCUGAAUUCUCUCUACAUCCUAAAUUUUAGGAAAUUUCCCAUACUUUCUUUAUUCAGAUUGACUUCUAGUAGAGCAAGGUCCAUGGAUAACUUUCUCUUCUAUUUUUCAGAUUAAGUUGUCAAAGUGAAAAAAAAAAAUUUCUGUAAACAGUGAUGGUCACUACUAUGGCUGCUUUGUUCCUAAAUUUUCUGCUCUCUGUCUCGGUGUGCAGCAAAGAGGAUAUCCUGAAGGAUGAGGCAAGUGGAUCCCAGACAGUAGGCUGGCAGGUCUUGUGGAGCUGUCUGGGCUGGGCAACCUGGAAUUUUCCAACCCUGCAGCAAAGGUUUUUUUUGUAGGCUGCCCUGGCUUGUGAGUGAAAUCAUGUGGCCAUUGUGAGGAUUUGUUUAAUUACUGUUAGGUAAACCAUGGAGAGUUGCUCCAUCUGUUAAUUCUUACAGAUAGAAUAAGUACAGUUCUACUUAACACCAGAAGAUUACAUCACUGGCGUGAGAUGAUUACUUUACGUGGGUAGGUAGUCAUGUAUUUGCUAUAGUUUACAGCUCACAGUUAGUAUAGGUUUUUUGUUCUUUUUUCAGAUCACUUCUUAGUAUGUUUACAUCUGUAUCUAGCUAUUGUAUAAUGCUUGAAAAUACUUUUUGCUUAGGGAGAUUCUAGCUACAGCCUGCAGAGGAGAUGGAUCAGUUCUAGUGUUUAUGUUCAAAUCAAAUUACAUCCCUGUUCUCACAGCGUUUGUAACUUUUACAAAUGCUUCUUGUUUUGCCUAACUCCCAGUGAUGAAAACAGAAUUCAGACUCUUGCCUUAUUGGGUCAAAUGAGAUUUCCCGCUUAACUUACAGGUACAGAACCAGAAUGAGAGUUAGGAUGUUGUCUCAUUUUUGGAAUUUCCAAAGCUUAAAAAGCAAUACCUUAAGAUACCUUCACAGGUUGAGUCAGAUCUCUCACCUCUAAGACUUUCCUCUUCCAACAAGGAAAAAAAAAAAAGAAAAUAGGAUCCUAAGGGAGCUUAGGACUUACGGGAUGUGGAUCUUUGUCAGGCUUGUCCUCAAGGCGGUCUGGAAGGAUGUUUGCUCAACACCUGUCUCAGCUCUAUUUUUGCCUGGAUGGUGAUGCUUGUCCUUAGGGCCCUCAAUGCACUAGCUUUGUUAAUCUAAAACAUGUAAAAUCCUCAUUGGCAGCACUUAUAGAUUAUGUGAGGACUGCUGAAUAAUGAUGAAAAGAGGGCAGUCCUGCACGCUUAUUGGAUCGCUGGGUAAACUGGGUGCAUUUUAAUGCAACUGAAAGUUAAUUAUGCACCCUGCACGUGAAACCAUGUGUGGUGCUUGCCACCUCUUGAAAAUGAGCAGUUACAAAAGAUUUGGAGGUCAUGAGGGAAAAAGCACGGUCACUAUGAGAAUACCAGCUCAGCCAAAGCCAACUCAACCGAGGAGAACUCAGCAUGAGCUCUGCUACAUCAUUGCAACUGAAAGGAACCAGUAUGAUCUUGGAAGGGAUGAACAGAAGUGUGCUGGAAGUGCAAAAAAUCUUUAUGUUUGUACAUAGGAUUACUCUCACGUCAUGCAUCUAUUUCUCAUAUCUUUGAAAGGAUGUGGAGCAGAGAGAGGAAAGAGUAACUGAAAUGAUUCCCAGUUUGGAAAAAAGUUCUUUUAGUAUGGGGCUUAGACCUCAGUCCCUUUGCUGUGACGUCCUUUGGCUUCUGAAACACCAGCUUUACUAAGACAACUUGAGGGAACAGGAGUUACAGAGGUUGGUGAGGGGUGGAUGCACAAUAUUAGGAGGGCAUUUGGAAGAGCAGAUUUUGAAUUCUUAAACACAGUGGGUGGUGGAGUGCAUCUGAUGGACUUCCUCUCACUUGGGGGAGUGUCUUAACCAGGCUAGGGCCUGGCUUAUGAUGCCCUGCUCUGGCAUAGGCUAUAUUUAAUCGCUUCCCAGAAAAUGGAAAUGCUCCUACAGAAGGGAGCAAAAGAACCCUUUAGCCCAGAAUAUGUUAUGGGUUAGGAACAUGCUCUUUAUGAAAGAGGGAGAUGUGGCAGCGACCACUCAGUCUUUGUGUUUAGCUUUGGGAACAUCUGCUGGGCCUCCCAGUUCAGCUGGGGUAAGAAGAGGGACACUGUGGGACAAGGUAGGUGUGAGGCAGAUGCUAAAUGAGAGCUGGUAGGGAGGCAUUUCUGAGUGUACCACCAAGCAAAACAGUUAAGUACUCAUGUAACUUUAUUACAGUUAUGUAGGCAAGCAGGGCCUUUGGGUGGUUAUGUGUUAGAAGAAAUAAAAAUGCUUCCCUACAUACCAGAGGCAUUGUGAAGUGUUCAGAUACUCUAAUGAUGAGGUCUAUAUAAGUCCCCAUGAGAGCAAAAUGGUUCUUUGAGAGCAAUGCUAAGAGCUAUCUCCUGGUUCCAGAGAAGAGUUAUAAGUAAUUAUAGACCAUUUAUUAUGGAGAAGUAAGGACACAGAUUCAUUUGCUAAGUACUAAACACGUCCAAUUAAUUCUGCACUCCUGAAUUAAUGAAAAAAAAAAGAUUGUACUGCCAUUUUAGUAAUUGAAUUUUCUGUUCCUUUGGGAACAGUACUUACUGAAGUGAGGGUUUACACUGUAUUACAGAGAGAUUUCUUGUUUUUCUCCAAGUUUGGCUGAGCCAACACAAAAGUCAGGCAAAAGUCACACUUUCCGCAGCUGUAAAAUAGCAUUUGCAAAGGUUUGUUUAAAAAAGGAAAUAAAAGAAACAUUUCUUAAUCUUGCCUUAAUUUUUUUAAAUGGACUUGUUUACAGUUACUUGGCUUGAGUGAAUUAACUGUGUUUACCUGCUGAAAAUGCAAGCUUUUGUCCUCAGGAGGAAUGCCAAAAUAUUUUUUGGUGGAAAUAACCGGGCAUCAGUCUGGGGUUCUGUUUGGGAGCUUGUGCUAAAUUAUCCAUGUUUUCACGUACUUGUUAGCUGAAAAUGGAUAAUUUCACUCUUGCUUAAUGGUUAUAUUUCACUCACCCUUUUCCAAGGAGAUACUGGAGCCAGUUAACCAUGGACAGGACAUUGAGUAGCUAUGAUAAGAUAGUCAUGGAAAUUUGAUUAGGAAAUUACCUCCUUCCUGUGCUAUUCUGCUCCCAGAAAAGAACUAUGCUGUUUGAGAAUGGAAAGGAUACUUUUGUAGCCCAUAAUUAUAUUCCUACAGUUAAUCAUUUUUCUUAGAGCUGUCAGUUUGGCCUCCUCAAAUGCACAGUUUGGAUUUUUUUUUUGAGUGUCAGAUGUAUCUUUAGACUUGUUUGCUUGUGGCUUUGAGUCAUAUGGCACAGGGGUUAAAAAUGGCAUCCUGCAACAACCCUGUGCGCAAAAGUUUGUUGUCAAUUAAAAUAAGAUUUUGCUGUUAGUGUUACUCUGAGAUUCUUCUAAAUUGGUUGGUUCCUGUGAGAAGCUUCAGGCUGCUUCCUUUGUUGGGGAAAUGUUUUGUAACCUUUGCUUUAUGUUUAAAAUAUAUGUAUAUGCGUGUAUUGGUAUUCAGAUAUGUAAUUUUAUACUUUGGUGCUUUAACAAAGAAAUACCUGUUCCAAAACCUUGUCUUCCAGUUACAAUAAUUACUUAAAAGAAAUCUCAUAGUCAAUCUAUGACUAGAGAUUAUCCAGUUUUACUCAGUGAAAAGGUAUUGCUCGAAGCUGGGUAAACUGAGAUAUUAAUCCAUUUGCUUCCAAAGAGACUUUCACUCUGGUUUGAGACUUUACCACCCAGUCCAGUUUCUUCCUGUGAAUGAAGAUGGGGAGAAUACAGCCUCAAAGAAAAAUAAUUUUGAUUUCUGAGCACUUUAAAGCAUAGACUGCUAUUUGUUUGUAGUGUUUAGCACUGUGGAUUCACUUGAAUAAUAAAAUUUCCUUAUCUUAAGAAGAAAGGUUCAA